AGUGGGGAAGGAAGAAAGAGACAGUUUCUUAUGUAUGUGCAAAAACCCCUGUAUUUGAGAGCAUCUGCUGUUAGAGUGUAAAUCAGAUCACAGUCACAGUCAUUACCCAAACCAUUACUGAAGCAGUGAUCCUCUGAAAGUAGUGUGCAGAUCACUGGUGAGGAGCAUCGAUCGAUAGAAACCAUAUAAGGAUGAAGGAGCUAAUGUGAAAAAGAUAUGGAGCAAAAGAGUGUUGCUGAUAAAACAGAUGAAGUCUUUCAAGAGUCAGUUCCCUCUAUUCAGGCUGUGGUUCGCCAUUUCAAUGCAAGCAUCACUGCUCAGAGUGGAAGCAAUGUGGUCGCUCCCUCCAUCAUUGGUUCUACCAUCGGCAACAUAAACAUCAAUAUCACCUCAACAGGCCAAGGGUCUAUUGUUUCAUCAAAAGAAGCAGUGAACCAUGACAUUGCAGACAGCUGUGGAGCUCUGCAGCCUCAAAACAACAAGAUCACAGAAUGCCAACAGAAACUGAAAGCUACUCUGAAGAGGAAGUUCAGCCACAUUCUUGAGGGGAUGACAACAGAGGCGAACAAAAUACCUCUCAAUAAUAUCUACACAGAGCUCUACAUCACUGAGGGAGGAAAUACUGAAGUCAAUAAUGAGCAUGAAGUGAGACAGAUUGAGACAGCUUCCAAGAUACAUGUUGCCCAGGAGAAAUCAAUUCACUGCAAUCAACUCUUUGUUCCUCUACCUGGACAAGACCAACACAUAAGAACUGUGAUCACAAGGGGUGUUGCUGGCAUUGGAAAAACAGUAUCUGCCAAUAAGUUCACUCUAGACUGGGCUGAGGAGAGAGCCAACACCAUCCUGGAAUUUGUAUUCCCUCUCUCUUUCCGAGAGCUGAAUCUGAUGAGAAAGAAAACCUUCAGUCUAGUGGAGCUUCUCAGUGUUUUUUUCCCAGAAACAAAAGACACAGGAAUCUUCACUAAUGGUAAAUACAAAAUGCUCUUCAUCCUCGAUGGUCUGGAUGAAAGUCGUCUGUCUUUGGACUUCCACAAAAGUGAAAUAAUUUCUGAUGUGAUGCAGCCAACCACAAUUGCCGUGCUUCUGACUAACCUCAUCAGGGGAAGACUGCUUCCUCUGAGUCUCGUUUGGAUAACAUCUCGCCCAGUAGCCUCCAGUCAGAUCCCAGUGGAGUACAUUGAUCUAGUGACAGAAGUUCGAGGGUUUAACAACCCGCAGAAAGAUGAGUACUUCAGGAGGAAAAUUAACAACGAGAACUUGGCAAACAGGGUAAUCACCCAUGUGAAAUCCUGCAGGAGUCUUCACAUCAUGUGCCACAUACCAAUCUUCUGUUGGAUGGCAUCGAGUGUUCUUGAAAAGAAGCUGGCAAUGAUAGACAGUAAAGACACGCCAAAGACUCUCACUCAAAUGUACAUACACUUCUUGUAUUUGUUUGUGGAGACCAUGAAGAAGAGGCUGCCUGGAAGAAGAGAGUCGAACGCCGACUGCAUGAGAACUAACCUAAUCGCACUGGGUAAACUGGCCUUCAAGGAGCUUGAGAAGGGCCAGCUGAUCUUCUAUGAGAGUGACCUCAACCAAAAUGGUAUAAAACUGAUGCAGGCAUCCAUGUUCUCUGGAGUCUACACACAGAUCUUCAAAGAGGAGGUGACACUGUGCAAGGAGAAGAUGUUCUGCUUUGUGCAUCUGAGCGUUCAGGAAUUCUUUGCUGCGUUGUAUGUCUACCUCAUGUUCCACAAUGACAACGUCAACGUCUUGGUCAAGAAGUCAUCUGCUUCGAGACUUUUCCUGUUCAGAGACUCUUCAGAGCUCAUCCUCUACAAAGAAGCAGUGGAAAGGGCUUUGCAGUGUAAAAAAGGUAAUUUUGACAUCUUUCUGCGCUUCCUUUUGGGCCUGUCUCUGGAGUCCAAUCAGACUCUGUUGAAACAUCUAAUGACAAGCAACAGAACAAGCCAAAGGACAAGAGCGGAGAUCAUUAAACACAUCAAGGAGAGGAUCAGGUCAAGUACAUCCCCAGACAGAUGCCUCAAUCUCUUUCACUGCCUGAAUGAGCUGAAUGACCAUUCCCUUGUGGAGGAGAUUCAGGGCUACCUCAGCUCAGGCAGUCUUGACAAAGCCAUACUUUCACCUGCUCAGUGGGCAACUUUGGUCUUUGUAUUACUGACUUCAGAGGAAGAUCUGAGUGAGUUUGAACUGAGCAAAUACGCCAGGUCUGAGGAGGGACUUCUGAGGCUGCAACCUGUUAUGAAAGCAGCUCAAGUGGCAAAGCUAAAUGCAUGCAAUCUCACUGUGGCCUGCUGUAAAAAACUGGCAGAAGUCAUCAGCUCAUCCCAAUUCAGAGAGCUGGACUUAAGUAACAAUAACCUGGCAGACUCAGGAAUAGAACUGCUCUCUGAUGGACUGAAGGACAGCAAAUUGGAGACACUAAGACUGAGGAGCUGCAACCUAACAGAGUGCAGCUCAGAUGUCCUGGCAUCAUUUAUCAGUUCAGCAUCCUGCCAGCUGAAACUACUAGAUCUCACUGACAAUGACUUUGAGGACGGAGGAGUUGCAAGGCUUUCUGCUGGACUGGGGAGUCCUCACUGUAAACUGGAGAUACUCACUUUGCCCCUGUGCAGAGUGACAGAAGAAGGCUGCACUUUCCUGGCUUCUGCUCUGAACUCAUCACGUCUGAGAGAGCUCGACCUGAGCUACAACCACCCAGGAAACCUAGGUCUGCAGCUGCUGUCGGCUCUGCUAGAUGACCCACAAUGCAGCCUGCAUAAACUCAGUGUGGAACAGUGUGAUGAAUCCAGAAUUCAGCCAGGUCCAAAGAAAUAUACCACGAAACUGACCCUGGACCCAAACACAGCGCAGAACGACCUUUCUCUGUCUGAGGGAGACACCAAAGCAACUCGUUGGACCAAGCAGCCGUAUCCUGAUCACCCAGAGAGGUUUGAUUACUGGAGACAGGUGUUGUGCAGGGAGGGACUGAUUGGGCGCUGCUACUGGGAGACAGAAUGGUGUGGGAGAGCUUUCAUAGGAGUGGCCUACAGACGGAUGUGCAGGAAGGGAGAGGAUAGUGACAGCUGGUUAGGCCACAAUGACUCUUCCUGGGGCCUGACCUGCAACAAAGAUAGCUACAGGACCCUGCACAAAGGCAUAAGCACUGCUGUAACCACCCCACCCAACUCCAAUAAAGUAGGAGUCUUUCUGGACUGGUCAGCGGGGACACUGGCCUUCUACAGGGUCUCCUGUGGUACAUUGACCCUCCUCCACACCUUCCACACCACCUUCACAGAGCCUGUUUACCCAGCGUUUCACCUUGCCUGGGUGGACUCCACAAUUUACCUGUGCUAGAUAAUAACCAGGGCAGUGAACAGCUUAGUAGCAUAUUCCUGAGAACAUGUAACAAUGUAUUUUCUUUCCUCCUGCUCUUGAGGCUUACAGCACAGGUUUUCAUGUAUUGGUCUCUGGGUUUUUGAGGCCAGUAGAAAUAUUAUAAACAAAUAAAAACUACUUGAUGAACUACCAUGAAAUUUUGUUGGUCCCCAGAGGAUGAACCCCACUGACUCUGGUGACCCCCUGCCCUUUCCUCUGGCACCACUGUGAGCUUGCAGCAAUGGCGACUGGAUGAACUGCCACUGAGGACAUUUAUGAGCCAUUCAUGAUGAAGGGUAAUAAUAUAAUAAUAAUCUGGUCAAAAUUUAACUUUGUCCAUUACUUGGUUGCAGUUUGUGACCAAAAUCAACAUCAUCACUUUCCAGACAGUGUUGCCAUCACUCUGGACAAUUCAGGGAAUUCCAGUAAUAACAGUUCAUAGCAAGGAAUGCACAGAAAGUUGCAAUUUCUCAUGCUGAGAGUACGACAAACAAAAUUCCAUUCACCUCUAUUGUAAUUGUGUGGGGGCAGAAGCUGAGAACAGGUAUUUAGUAGUAAUCCAGAUACUAAUAAGAGGAAGUGAAAAGUCUUGUAGAUUUGGAAAGACCACAAGAAAAUCUGUACGAUAGGACUUAUGCAACAAUGUGAAUCAAUGCAUUUUUGAUGUAAUAUAAAAUAUGCAUACAUUUAUAAUUUGUAAUAAAGCCUUUCCUCAGUGAAGAAAAAAA